AUGAGAGAAAAUGAGACAUUAAGGUCUUACAACAGUCGGUAUUGGGAGACCUUCAACCAGAUUGGGGAUUGCCCUACAAACCUUGCCAUCGCACAAUAUAAACGGGGUUUACCAGUCGGCAACAAACUGAGGGACUUAAUGACAAUGAUGCCACCCCUUACGAUGGAGGCCCUAAUAGAGAGGGUGCAUCAACAUAUCCGAGUAGAGGAAGAUAGUGCCCGUGCUAAAGUAAAAUCUGGCACAACGACGUUGUCAAAUAAAAAGACUACAGCAAAAGUCAACACGAUAGAACAACCAAGUAGGAGUGGGCGAGGUAGGCGAGCCAAUAGAGAGGACCCAGAAAAAAGGAAGUUAAGAGUCCGCACUACCAUCACCACAGUAUUCAAUAAACCUAUCUACCAGAUUCUCAGCGAAAUACGUAAUGAGCCCUUCGUUCGGCGGCCUGCUAAGUUGGGAGAAGCACAAAGGGGCUAUGAUGAGAGAUCCUGUUGCACCUUUCAUGAUAAGAAGGGGCACCGCACUGAGAAUUGCACACCAUUGAGGCAAUAUCUGGAAGAGUUAGUGGUUGUUGGACCCUUGGACCGGUAUAUAGAAGGGAAAACACAGCCGGCCCCACAGGAACCCAACAAACCAAAUGGGAUGCCGGUCGACGAUCCACCCCAAGGCAUAAUCAACGUCAUACAUGGAGUCGUCGAACCUGAGCGGAUUCUGAUUGAUCAAGGAAGCUCAGGCGAGAUAAUGUACUACAAGACCUUCAAACAACUGAAAUUGGAGAACAAAGACCUGGCACUUGCAACAUCUCCCCUCGCAGGUUUCAACUCAAUGCCAGAAUGGCCAGGUUCUGAAAUUAAAGCUGAUAAUCGCAGAGUCUUGGGUACUAACCCAAUGAGUCAAUUCGCUUUUCCUUAUUCCUUCAAUGGUGUCUUGGCAAUUUCAGAUUGGUUCACAUAG